ACUCCACUCCACGUUGCAGCCUUGCAAAGGAAUGUUGAAGAAGUGAAGAGAUUAUGUAUAAGUGGUGCUUCAAUCGAUGCACUGGACGAGAACCGCAAUACACCAUUAAACCUGGCUUGUUUGAAAGGAUAUGAUUCCGUUGUUGAGGUGUUGGUCAACUAUGGAGCUGUUAAGAAUAUAAAAGAACAGUAUGAAAAGACUGCACUACAUAAUGCAUGUGAAGGUGGUAAUAUCAAGGUGAUCAAUAUACUUACUAGUGCAGGCUGGGUUAUAGAGGCUCGAGAUGAUAAGGGAUUCACUGCAUUACUGUGGGCAAGUCAACUUGGGGAAAUGGAAAUUAUCAAAGAGCUAAUAAAGCUUGGAGCAGACAUACAUGCCCGCACAAAUAAUGAAAGCAACUGUUUACAUACGGCAUGCGGUGGUGGUAGUAAUGAGGCUGUUAAAUACUUCCUGGACAAGAAUUAUUUUGGUUUAGAAGACAAAAACAAGAAUGGCCGCACUGCAUUAGCCAUUGCAAGUAGAAAAGGACAUGUUGAAGUUGUAAAAACACUUCUUUCAUCUGGAGCAUUAAUUGAGAGUAAAGACAAGCUCGGCCAAACUGCAUUAGUUGUUGCAAGUGGAAAAGGACAUGUUGAAGUUGUUAAAACACUUCUUUCAGCUGGGGCAUUAAUUGAGAGUAAAGACGAGAAACAAGAACAUAGAUUUCAGUUCAUGAAUAAAAAAUAUGACCAAACUGUGAAAGAUUGUUUUUUGUAUCCACAGGGGGGAUUUACAGCAUUGCUGGCCGCAAGUCAAUUUGGGAAAAUGGAAAUUGUCAAAGAAUUAAUAAAGCUUGGAGCAGACAUACAUGCCCGCACAAAUCAAGAAUAA